AUGUCACAGAAUGACCGCAAAGCUCAAGAGAACUUGAAGAAAAUGAACGCAGCUCUCAAAAUCAUCGAAAACAAGCCCGGGGAGCCCGAUAAAGAUGCAAAAACAGGCUUGAUUAGACCGGAUUUGUCGGUGUACACGAUGGAAAACGGAGCGAGAGUUUCCACUAAAGAACGAGUAUGCAGUUCGGUAAGACCAGUAAAAUUGGGCACACCUAGCGAUGAGGAACUGUUUUUGGAAAAUGGGCUUCCAGAUCCAGAAUUCUUGAAAGAGCAUUUCCGCCGCGAAGGUAGGCUGACGGAAUCUCAAGUUCUGAGCAUCUUGGAAGCCGGAACAUCGUGUUUAUCCAAAGAACCCAACCUUUUGCGAGUGCCUGCGCCUGUGACAGUUUGUGGUGAUAUCCAUGGUCAGUUUUAUGACUUGUUGAAACUCUUCGAAGUUGGCGGUGACCCGGAAAAAACGCCAUAUCUUUUCCUAGGUGACUACGUUGACCGCGGUUCUUUCUCAAUCGAGUGCUUGCUAUAUCUUUACAGUUUGAAGCUCAACUACAACGAUCACUUUUGGCUUUUGAGGGGAAAUCACGAGUGCAAGCAUUUAACAUCAUACUUCACUUUUAAGAGUGAGUGUCUUCACAAAUACAAUCUAAAAAUCUACGAAGCGUGCUGUCGUUCUUUCAAUGCUCUUCCCGUGGCUGCUGUAAUGAAUGGACAGUAUUUCUGUGUGCACGGAGGUAUUUCACCAGAGUUGAAGACUCUCGAUGACAUAAACAGGAUGAACAGAUUUCGCGAGAUUCCAUCGCGAGGUCUCAUGUGCGAUCUUAUGUGGGCAGAUCCGACCGAGACAUACGACGAAGACGCAGAAGAUCCAUCCGUGGGCACAUUCACACCCAAUUCAGUCAGAGGUUGUUCGUACGCGUUUUCCUAUCACGCGGCGUGUGAAUUUCUGCAAAGAACAGGUCUCUUAUCCAUUAUCAGAGCGCACGAAGCUCAAGACGCGGGAUACAGAAUGUACAAGAACACCGAAGCGUUAGGUUUUCCAAGUCUUCUCACUCUCUUUAGUGCUCCCAACUACCUUGACACUUACAAAAACAAAGCAGCGGUUCUGAAAUAUUCCAACAAUGUCAUGAACAUCAGACAGUUCAAUAUGUCUCCUCACCCAUAUUGGCUACCAAACUUCAUGGACGUAUUCACAUGGUCGCUGCCCUUUGUUGGUGAAAAAGUAACAGAAAUGUUAGUGUCGAUUCUGAACAUCUGCACAGAAGAGGAACUUGAAGAAGAAGUUGUUUUGGCAAGUGAGGCUCUUGAACAGCCAAACACACAGUCUGCUCCAACAACAAAUGCAGGCGAAAGUAACGCUCAAAGCACGAAACAACCAACUAGCUCAAUUCUUAAUGAUGAAGCAAAAAGAAGGGCUCUUCGCAGCAAGAUCAUGGCCAUCGCAAAAGUUUCCCGAAUGUACUCGAUUUUGCGAGAAGAGAGUGAAAAGGUUGAAUAUCUCAAGACCAUCAACGCAGGCACGCUGCCCCGUGGUGCCCUGGCUCAUGGCCCAGAAGGUUUAAAGGAAGCGCUAAGCACAUUCGAAAAAGCUCGUCGAGAUGACUUAAUAAACGAAAGACUACCGCCAAAGCUAGAAGAAGUUGGGAAAAGACGGGAAGGUUAUUAUUAUAACAGGGUUGCGAAAGAAAGUGGCAAACACAAGUAG